AUGCUAGUCAUUCAAGAGGCUGGUUCAGCAGCUGAUUCUCCAUCUACAGCAGAUUCACAUUACCAUUAUGAUGAUGCAGGCCUUGAAGGCCUCAAUGAUGUGCAGAGUGUUGGGGGAGAUGUGCAGCUAUGUUCUGAUUCUGAUAUCAGCAUGGGUAAUAACAUUCCCACUCCAAUUUUGGUAGCCACAGCAACUACCUCAGAUCGUCUUGACACAUUCAAGACCGAAUAUCACCCUCACAGUGGUCAUGCUCUGAUCAUCAAGGGCUUUUCUGUUUACAGGACUAAGAAGCUGGAGAUGACACAAUCACCCAUCAUCAAUGAUGAGCUAUGGCAGCCUUUCAGCUGUCAUGCAGACUUUGAGUUUGCUGAAGUUUAUCUGGAGAGUUCUGCAUGGACGAGGGCAUCCAGCCAACUGACUCCUGUAAGAGCAAUAGCAUAA